AAGAAUCUAGUCCCCCUCCCCCUCUGUCCCCGUCUUCUUCUUACUUCCAUAGACAGAUGGAGAACCAUAUUAGCACUGCUGCUUCUUCCAUCUUACUUGCUGGCCUGCUUGCUCUUCUUUUCACUGGCUUUCAUUUGAAAGAAUGCGAUGGAGCAAGAGUAAGGCCUCAAGAACCAACAAACACCCGGUUCAUAAGAACCUCUUGUAGUGCCACCAAGUACCCCAUCCUCUGUUUCAACUCCCUCUCAUCCUACGCGAGCACGAUCCAGAACAGCCCCAUGAAACUAGCUCACGCCGCCUUGUCGGUGAGCCUAUCCACGGCCCGGUCCACAUCCACCAUGAUGUCGAGAAUGUGUACCGCUGGACGCAUGAAACCUCGAGAGGUGGCUGCGGUGAGCGACUGCAUGGAGAAUUUGGGCGACUCGGUGGACGAGCUCCAAGAGUCUCUCGCAGAAAUGGCGCACAUGAGAGGCAAGAACAUGGGCCUAACGAUCAAUGACAUCCAGACAUGGGUGAGUGCUGCGCUCACCGACGACGACACCUGCAUGGAUGGGUUUGCCGGCAAUGCCAUGAACGGCGAGGUAAAGAAUGCCGUGAGGGGCCACGUCGUUAAGGUGGCGCGGCUGACAAGCAAUGCCUUGGCGCUCAUCAAUGCGCUCUCGUCCACCCAGUUCUCUCCUUAAUCGCACGGAUAAAUGUGAAAUGGUGUCAUACUACCAUGCUCAUUAGUGUGGUUUCAUUUCGGUGGUGAUGUAAUUUGCCGCGA